UAUGAAUUUCUAUGCUCUUGACUUUGAAGAUCAAAAUGAUUAGGGUAUUGAUUAAUUUAAAAUAAAGCUUUGGAGGAAUAGGUAUAGAUUUAAGUGAAUGAAGAAUAAGACUAUGGGUUUGAUUAAUGUUCUAACAUAGAUAUUGAUAAAAAUAAUACAUUUGAUGGUUAUUUGCAAGAAGAACCAGUUUUAUUGUUUAAUUAUGAAGAAGAAGCUCCAAAAAAGAAAUAAAAAUCAAUUGUUAGAAAAUCUAAAAAAAUUAAAAAAUCAGACACAGAAACAGAUGUUUAAUCAUAAAAAAGAAUGCCUAAAAUCAAAAUGUCUAAUGAUAUUGCAAAAUUAUAAUAAUGUCAAAUGUUAAAGACCAUAAUCUCUUAAAUGGAGACAAUUCUUAAAAAAACUCGAACUUAAAUUCUUAGUGAGAUUAUGAAAAAAUAGCAGAUGGAAUAAUGAA